CUUCAACGGCCAAAUUUGGCAAAACCAUUGAUUCUUUUAUUUUUCCUUCUCAACAGAAAAAGAAAAAACAAAAUCAACUUUUGAAAAUUUCUGGUUUCAUUCAAUAUCCAACGCACUAUUCCUCUUCUCCUCCUCCUCUUGUUUAGAGCUCCUGAAACAGGGGCAUACAAAGAUGCGGGCGUAGAUGAGGAUUGAUCUCCGUGGAAGUUGAGAGAGAGAGGGAGAGAGAGCUUUAUGGAGAUGUUUGCAAGGGAGAUAACAGCUAAGGACGCGAAAGCCACUGAGAAAAACCGGAUUCGAUACUCUUCAAGGCACAUUAAACAUCUUCCUCCAGGAACGAUUACUGAUUUUGAAUGGAAGGAUUAUUGUCCCCUGGGAUUCAGACUUGUGCAAGAGCUUGAGGAUAUUAAUCACGAUGAGUACAUGAAAGCCAUUUGUAAUGAUGAGACCUUAAGGAAGCUUUCUGCAGGAAAAGUUGGGAAUAUGUUUCUUCUCUCCAAAGAUGACCGCUUUCUCAUUAAGAUUCUCCGGAAAUCUGAAAUCAAGGUAAUACUAGAGAUGUUGCCUGGCUACUACCGACAUAUCCGUAAAUACAGGUCAACGUUGUUGUCCAAGAAUUAUGGAGCUCAUUCUGUUAAACCUAUUGGAGGUGUUAAGACAUAUUUUGUCGUCAUGUCAAACAUACUGCAGUCUGAUGUCUUUAUGAACAAGGUAUAUGAUCUGAAGGGUUCAUCACAAGGUCGAACUAACAAGAAGAUCAAAGUGAGAGACAAAACCAUAUUGAAGGAUAUAGACCUCGAUUUUCAUUUCUACGUCGACUCCUUGGCCAGGCACCGCCUCGUCAAGCAAACGAAGCUAGAUUGUGAACUUUUGGAGGAUGAAGGGAUAAUGGAUUACAGCUUAAUGCUUGGUUUACAAGUGAAAGGCUCAUGUCAUGGUUCGAUUGAUGGAUUAAUCCCUGUAUACGACAGCUUCACAUCUCGAGGCUCUGUUGAAUCCUAUAGCUCCAAGUUUAUGAAGACAGCUUCAAACUCUCCAGAUAGAUCUUCAACAAUGUAUUCAUGCACUCCGAGCAGAGAUUCAAUUGAUAGUGAGACCUCAGUGAAUAUACAAUCAGUAGCAAGUAUAAGCCUCAGUCCAGCACCAACCAACGCUUUUGAUUCUCCACCAGGAAGCAUUGUUUCAAAGACAUCUCUCACCAACAUUUUCCAAAACAGCUCAAGCACAAACUUCGGGAUGAAGAUACCGGGACGAGCACGAAGGGUCGGGAGAGGAGAAUCAGGGAGUGUGGUGGGGAAAGACAUUAGAGGAGGAACAGAGGAAUGGUACGAUGUGAUAUUGUAUCUUGGGAUUAUAGACAUUUUCCAAGACUAUGGUGUGAGGAAACGCAUUGAACAUUGUUACAAAUCUAUCCAACAUAACUCUAAGGCAAUCUCAGCUGUCCAUCCUAAGAUCUACUCUUCUCGAUUUCAAGACUUCGUCUCUCAGAUCUUCUUACCAGACGAAGAUCCUUCUCACUAAUAUCUACUUCUCUGUCUUGAUAACAUUGAUUGCUUGUUGUUCCUCAUCCACAUUGGCACAGAAUAUGCAAAGAGAAUAGAGAAAGGCAACUAGAAACCACAAGGAAAAGGGUAAUCCAAAACAUAAAGCAAAAAUGCGAGAAAUAGAACAGAGAAGGAGGAUGAGUACAGUGCCGCCCAAGAUGUGACUUACACGCCCCACAAAAUUGUGUUUCAUGCAUUCGGCAAUGUCAUCUUCUAAAGGGAUGUUCACGACGAAGACGAUCCACAAAACCAAAUCCGCAAUGCAUGCAAGGAUGUAGAGAGGCCAGAGGUAUAUGUAUGGCUCGUCACCUAGGGCUAAGUGGAUAUUGUUGUGUCUUAUGUAGCAAACCAUUGCAAGACCGAAGACUAUAAUGAACAAGUUCAUGUAGAAAUCGUAAUAUAUGAUCCGGUUUCACCAUCA